AUGCAACAAGUUGCUUCUCCUAAAAACUCCUCUGAUCGAGGUUUUGAACAAGCAGCAGCAAAUCCUGAAAAUUUAGAACCUGCUACGUGUCAAAUAAUUAAUGACAAUAAUCAAUUGCUGGGAAAUAAUCUGUUGGUGGAUGAUGAGGAAGAGAAUUGGAAACGACCUCUCCUAUUCUAUGAUCAAAACUUUAGACGUUGUAGUAUUUCGAGUGAAAGCCAUGCAAUCAAUCCAGGAAAUUCCUUGUUAAAUAUUGGAAACUAUAAAGGAUAUAAACCAAGUGAGAAGGUAAUUGCCAAGUAUAUUGAUCAGGUAUUGCAGGGUAUUAUGUUCAUGCAUCAGAAACUCAAAAUGGCACACCUGAAUUUGACUCCCAAUAAUACCAUGUUAUCCAGGAAUGGACAAAUCAAAUUGUGUGAUAUUGGAUUUGUGUUAUCCAGAGAUGAGUAUAUUAAAUAUCAACCAUGUAUCAAUUAUAGCUCACCUUCAUUGUUCAAAUGUAAUAAGAGUUGUGAGUGGACAAAACAAGCAUUGGCAGAUAUUUGGAGUGUUGGAUGUUUGGUUAUUGAGCUCAUGACUGAGAGAAGACCCUUCUAUGAUUAUGAUUGGAAUUCCUUAUUUGAGCUGUUAUCGAGUGGAAAGAAUAUGGAAGAAAUGAUUAGAAAGUACUAUCCUAAAUCUGAGUCAUGUUCAGAGUCAGUAAUUGAUUUCCUCAAUCUGUGUUUCAAGAAUCAUUCCUACACCCGAUCUUUGAUUAAGAAUCUCACUCAUCAUCCUUGGAUAAUGAAACAUGUUGAAAAUACUGUGAAUCCAAACUUGACCACAACAACUGUAAACAAUUCUCAAAAGAAUGAUAAACCCAGGUAUAUCAUGAUGAUUCAACACGGUUCAAGAAAGAAGAAACUCACUCAAAAGAGUCCUUUCCCUUCAAUUCAUUCAGUGGAAGAGUUCAUCAAGGACAAGUGUGAAACCAUAUUGAGGGGCAAUCAAAGAAUUUCCUUUAUUGAAAUCCUUGAUAGAGAGUGUGAUGACUAUAUAGAGUUGGAUGAUUUGGACCUUCUUGUGGAAUCUCCACAUGUUAAUCAAAUUAGAAUUUCCACCAACUCUCCUCCAGUUACUCCAAUUUCCAAUCCUUCCACCAAAUUGAGUUUUAGCUCCUUCAAUAUUUCAUAUACAGCAUCUUCUUUAUCUAUUCCCUCUCCACAAGAACCAAAGAGUCAACUAUGGAAUGAAAGAUACUUGCCUCUUAGAAAAAUUCAAAGUGGUGGAUUUUCCUCAGUCUAUUUGUGUGAAGAUCAUUUUGGAUCUUCCUCACAGACAAAGCAAGUAGCUCUCAAAUUACUCCCAGUUGAUAUGGAUCAUAGUAAUUCUAAUCAAUCAUUCAAUGAUGCUAUGAAGGAGGCACUCCAAAUGCUUAUGUUCAAUCACCCAAAUAUUGUUAAAGUUUUAGAUGUCUUUCAACAUUACUACAACCCAAUUUCUUUGGAGAGCGAUACGAAUAGUGACUGUGCAGUACUGUGUAUUGUCAUGCACUACUAUCCAUAUGGUGAUUUGUCCUCUCUCAUUAGAACUUCCGAUGCUGCAAUAUUACCACUCAAAACAAUAAUUUCAAUCAUGCAACAAAUAUUCUCAGCUCUAGUUGAGCUCCACUCCAAAAAAGUUAUUCAUCGUGAUAUCAAACCACAAAAUAUUCUCAUUGGUUCCAUUGAAAAGAAUGAAAGAAAUCAAAUCUCCAAAGUGCAUGUUCUUGUUGGUGAUUUUGGUCUCUCCAAGCAUAUUGUUGAAAGUAGAGCUUUUAGUGUGAGUGGAACAAUGGGAUUCCAAAGCCCAGAGCUUCAACUCAAUCAAGGAUAUGGACUAAAAGCCGAUGUAUGGUCCGCUGUUCCUUCGUAUCAUAGACAUUUGAAUGAGGUUGAUACCAUCUCAAGGCCCACAAUGGAAACACAACAAAAUACUAUGGAACAGAAUAUUUAUUCAACACCACAAGAAAGAAAUCCCAUGAAGAACCAUAUGGCAAAAACUCAAGCCAAGCAGGUAGAACACAAGUCAUGCAUCAUUUGUGGUAAAGCUGACACGGGAAAUAAGUACAUCAGCUAUACAAUCAACGAAUCAAAUAUUGAACAGUAUAAGGGAUGCUUUAGACAUGUACCAGAAAUUAGAAUUGGAGAUGGUGUUUGUAAGAAUUGUUAUGCAAAGAAAUACAAAUAUGUCACUGGUUUAUCUAUCAACAAGGUUAAAAGGAAGAAUAAUGUAACAACAACUAAGGGAGCAACAACAACAACACAAGAGAAUAGUCCACUUUCUCAACCUCUUCCACCUUCACCUCAUGGACAUCUAGGUAGUGUUGGUGAUACACAUGUGUCGCAUGCAUCUCGGGUGUUGCCAUCACUCAAUACUAAUCCUACUAGUAAUACUAAUACUAUCAGCACCAUGCAUCAUGCACAAUAUGCAUCUCAUCAUCAUGGUUAUCCUUCAUCAUCUGCAGGAAACAUCCAUCACCAUGAUGGAUCUAGAAUGCAUGUUCAUUCACAUCAUCAUCAUGUCGACAUGCAUCAUGCUAAACAGUAUGAAGCAGAAUACAGUAAUGGUAGUAGUGGCAGAGUAAAGUACUAUCAUAACGACAUGCAAAGUCAACCUCCUCCUCCACCAUCACCACAUUAUACAUAUGUUGUACAUGAUGGAUCAUCAAUGCAUGCACAUUAUUCAUCAUCUUAUUCUCCACAUCAUAAUGCACCUCCACCACCUCCUCAUUAUCAAAGUCAUUCUCGUUCACCUCCUGUAUCACCAACACAUGUAAAUUCUUCAUCAUCUUCAUAUAGAAAAUCUCAUCACUACCAUCCAUAUGCAUCCAAUGAAAAUUCUCAAUAUUUAAAUGGACCGAAUAGUACAAGUAGUGGAGGGAGUAAUAAUGUAGGAGCUGCUAGCAGGGGAGGUAUGGUGCAACCAUCUUUGCAUGACCCAUUUGUGAGAUCUUCACCAAUGCAACAUCCCCAUGCAACCACUUCUCCAAAAUCUCCUAGAAAUGGCACUGGUACUAAUACAUCUGUUCCAUCCAUUAUGGAAAUGAUGGGAACUGCACCUCCAUCCUAUGCGAUUGGAUCAAAUCCUUCCAAUAAUGCAAUGCAGACUGUAAAUAAUACUUCAAAUAAUGUUAAUAGAAAUUAUUCUAAUAGUCCAUUGCAUGCAUUCAACAAUGGUCAAAAUAAGCAUGAAAACGCAGCAAGAGUUGAAAAUGGUGCACCUCCACUUUCUUCACACAGAUAUCAUCCAUACAGCAACAGCAGUAAUGGUAGUAAUGUACAUAGAACUAGUUCAUCAGGCAGAGAAGAUGUGAUACAUUCACCUAGGAUUUACACUCAAGAACAUUUGCAAAACUCUCCAAAUCCUUCCCCAAUUCGUGUGGCAUCCAUUGUGGCAACAGGUCCAGCAUUGCCUGGAAAUGUACAUGUAGCAUCUGGUAUUCCUCAAGCAUAUUCACCACCAAUGGUAACCAGUACUAGUAGAGAGGAUGCAAAAACGUCUCUUCCUAACAUGAAUGUUCCACCUCCUAUUGUGAAAAAAGAGGAAAAUGAAAUUAUUCCAAAAUUUGAAGUUAAAAUGGAAACAGAAACUUUGGAAAAAUCAGAUUACGAGAAUAAUACAGCGCUUGUUGCUACAUUUGAACAAGUUAAGGAAGAGGAUAAAAACAUUUUGAAGGAAUUAUUCAUAGAGCCAACCGUGAAUGUAUUCUUGACAUUUGUAACAACAACUGGCACGCAAUCACCAACUACUAGACUUUCCAUUCCAAAAAGUAUUGGAUUGAAUCAAUUGAAAGAUGUCAUUCAAAAAAGAUUGCAAAAGAAUAGAGAAGAGGAAAGUAAUGUGCUCCAACUUGGAGAUGAAAUGUCGAUUGGAAAUAUCAUGCUAAAAAAGGAUGAAAAUAAUUUUGUUGAAAUUGAUGACCAAUUCUGUUCAAUUUAUAGAUUUGAGCAUCAUGACUCAUUGAAAGUAUCUCUAAUAAAUGAUUCCGUCUUGUAAAUAUUAGAAUAUUUGCAACGUGUUGUUUAU